AUGUCUUUCAAAUCGAGCGCCGUAUGUCUUUCUUUGAUUGCAGAGAUCGUGGGCUCAGAUGCACUCGAACAUCGGAGCUCACUUGCCUUAGUCGAGUCACACGCGUGGGAGUCGGGGAAGUGGUGGCAGUGGUCCUUCAGCCAAUUCGACGCCUUUAGCAUUCCGUGCUUCUUAGCGGGUCUCACAGUGGGUGUCCUCCUGACGGUGACCGCCUUUGGCUUCUUGACGGAUCGACUUUCCUUUCCCGCCGAGAAACGAGGCAACCUCGAAAUCCUCGAAGAUGGCGAGACGACCAGUGAGACAUCUCAAACAACUCGGGCAACUGGUGAGAGAGAACCGAAGGGUCCGAAGGAAGAGCACCAAAAGCAUAUCGAGCAGGAGCAGCAACAGUUCCAAGUGGAAGAAUCGCUGCAUCUUUUCUGGCCGCGAUGUGCUUGGCUUGUUGCCAUGCUUCUGGUGCAGAGUCUGUCUUCGUUGAUCUUGGACUCCUUUAGCGGGCUGAUGCAAAGACACAUGAGCCUUGCCUUUUUCCUCACGAUGCUCGUGGGUUUGGGAGGCAAUGCUGGUGGGCAAAGCGUGGUGUUGACAGUCAGGCGUUUGGCUUUGGGCAACACAGUGAAGGUGUCUGAGCAAUUCCAUGUGGGUUUGCUGCUGGUGCUGGUCAUGGCUCCAUUGGCUUUCGUCCGUGCCCUUCUGCAGCAGACGUCCUGGCGAGAGAGUCUUGCUGUAGGUGCCUCUGCAGCUGUGAUCACAGUGGUGGCGACCGUGGUUGGAACGGCGCUGCCCAAGCUCUUGUGGUUCUUUCAAGUGGACCCAGCUCAUGGGGCUGUUGGAGUGCAGGUUCUCAUGGACAUAGCAGGCCUGAAAGCUGUGCAGUAUUGUGUCCAUUCGUCCUAUGUUCAUUGCGAUCUGUUUUCACUGGAAGCCUAUUUCCGUCGGAGUUGCAAGGCAUUGCCGUUGUAUGCUGUCUUGGCUACCUCUUCCUGGAAAGCUCCCUGGUGUGAUGUAUCAAGUGUAGCUGACACGGAGCUUCCACGAAGACUUGGCCUAUCUUGGCUGUCUCACCGUCAGAGUGUACCUUUGACGAUCCCAAAAAGGCCAAGUGCGCUGCAGCAAAUCCAGCUGGGCCUUUGCCUCCAGUCGUCUGUAGCUUAA